GGCCGCUCCGGCCAUAAAGAGCCCGCCGAGUGCCCUCUUCCCAGCCAUCACCGUCAUCGUAGCUCCCGCCUCUUGAACCGCCCUCCCAAGUCUCGUGUCUGCGGCCUUGCUUUCGUGUCGCUACUGGCCCUUGUGCUCAUAAUCAUACAUCAUCCCACCAUGCACUGGAGCCUGUUCCCACUGGCUGCGGUGCCUUUGCUCACCCAGCUGGGCCAUAGCUACGAGGUCAAAACUCCGCCUCUCGACACCGACUGGACCUACAAGGUCGGAACUGACCCCUGGCCCGAGUACCCUCGCCCGCAGCUCCGCCGUGACGACUGGCUGAGCCUGAACGGCAUAUGGAAAUGGAGAGCUGCCUCAGGUCUCGCCGAAGCCACGAGCCCCCCCGUGGAUGAAGACCUCAUUGAUGAUGUCCUCGUGCCGUCAUGCCUCGAGAGUGCCUUGUCUGGCGUCAUGGUCCAGGACGUGACCUACGCGUGGUUCACCAGAAACUUCGAGGUGCCCGAGGACUGGGAAACGACUGCUGGCCGCAUCCUGCUCAACUUUGAGGCCGUCGACUACGAGGCCACCGUGUAUAUCAACGGCAAGGAGGCCGGCUUCCACAGGGGUGGAUACUGGCGCUUCACCAUCGACGCGACGGAUCUCAUCGUUUCCGGGAACAACACCAUCCAUGUAUUUGUGUUCGAUCCGACCGACAUGGGAGACUACGUAAUUCCCCUCGGCAAGCAGACGCGCAGCCCAUCCCACAUCUUCUACACGCCCUGCACGGGCAUUUGGCAAUCGGUCUGGCUCGAAGCCGUGCCAGCUUCCUACAUCACCCAGCUCGAUGUGGCCGCGGGUAUGGACGGUAAAGUCACGGCCAAGGUCUGGACUGGAAGCAACUCAUCAGAGGCAGUCAAGGUCGAGGUCAUUGACAAUGGAGGCACUGUCAUUGCGACCCACGAGGGCUCUUCCAACGAGGAAUUCACCUUUACCGUUGAUUCUCCCAAGCUGUGGUCACCUAAUGCACCGAACCUGUACAACCUGACUUUUACGAUGGGCAGCGACGAGGUCAAGAGCUAUACUGGCUUCCGCACCAUUUCAGUUGGCGAGGUACAGGGCAUCCCUCGCCCGCUGAUCAAUGGCGAAUUCAUCUUCCAAUUCGGACCUUUGGAUCAAGGAUGGUUUCCUGACGGGUUGAUGACUCCGCCUAACCGGGAGGCCAUGGAAUACGACCUGAAGUUCCUGAAGUCGCAGGGUAUCAACAUGCUCCGAAAGCAUAUCAAAGUCGAGCCGGACUUGUACUAUCGGGCUUGCGACGAGCUCGGCAUCCUUGUCAUCCAGGAUAUGGUAUCCUUGCGGACAGUCACGCCGAAUGCAGAGCAACAGGCAGAGUGGGAGCGACAGAUUGAUCUUCUGAUCAACCAGCACAAGAGCUACCCCAGCAUUUAUACAUGGGUCAUCUACAACGAAGGAUGGGGUCAGAUCACGUCGUACUACCCCGAAUUUGAUAUCGCCGCACACAUCAAAGAGAUGGACCCGACGAGACUGAUCGACGCCACCUCUGGCUGGAACGACCACGGCGCCGGUGACUGGCACGACAAUCACCACUACGCCACCCCGCAGUGCGGGACGCCCUUCUACUCGAUUCUCAGCACGCCAUAUGACAACAAGAGGAUCGCGAUCCAGGGCGAGUUCGGCGGCAUCGGGCACAACAUCUCCGAGGAACAUGCCUGGAAGGUGCAAAAGUCGAUCAACGAGGUCAACCAGACUUAUGAGCUGAGCACGGAUCUGGAGGCCUACAACUACCGUGGCCACACGCUCCUGCGCGAGCUUCGCGAGCAGAUUGAGAAGUAUUCGUGCUCGGCCGCAGUCUGGACGCAGACCACCGACGUGGAAGGCGAAGUGAAUGGCUUCAUGACAUAUGACCGCCGCCUGAUUAGACUCGAUGACCAGUGGAAAGACGAUAUCCAGGCUCUUUACGAUGCAGCGGCCUCGAGAGGUGGGGCAUCUACCACGAGGAGGUGAGUUCAGUUACAUUCCGUACAGUGGAAGAAGCGAUCCCGGAUAAUUAGUGAUGCUGACCGCCUUUCGCCCCUAGCUGUUCGCGGUCCAUUUGCUAGGCGCACAUAAGACGUUUUUACUGAAGCGACUGAUACCAUUUCCAAGCGGCCCGCCAGUUGCGAUUGAUCUCACAUUGUGUUUAUGAAAGUCGUGU